CGAGGCACGAUACGGUAAACAGUUGGUUUUAAAUCAUAAGUACCCCGUUACCAUAGCUCCAAUGGCGACGCGGAGAUUACCUGAGCACAGGGAGACCGUCGUGUGUGUACUUCAUCACCGCGGAACGUUAAAAUUUGCGUAUGUAUGUCGUAGCGUUGCUGAGACAACAUCUAUGCAGUCCAUCGCAGCACGAUAAGCUCACGAUUGGAUGGCGAAGGCAAAACCCUCAUCGUCAUGUGGGAUGUAGACUUCCUACGCGCGGCCUUCAGACCAAUGGCAACACCGACUUUUUUCAGAACCAGCGUGCUCGAGCCGUGAAGCCGCGAAUCAUGAAGCCUUCGCAGGCGAGAAGCAAGACGUUGCGCCGCUCGCUUCGCAGGAACCAAGGCAAUGCAUCAUGGCGCAAGGAAGAUACUGAACAAAACAAGGGUACAUCAACUGAGAACGAAGUGUGGGUAUACACGGCUGUCUCCUACAGCCCCACCAGUGUUAUCACCAGCCCAAUAAGGAUAUCUGAAGUUAGUCAACCAAC